UCCUGCUCAGUGACGGAUUAUUAGUUAUGUUUCAAGUGCUCUCACCUUCGGUUUGAAUCAAUCUAUCUGAUCAUCUGACUGCUCCUAAUACUUGACCUUUCGGAUCAUAACCAGAAGAAAUGAAGGCCGAAACUAUGAAUGUCCUUUUGAUAUGAAAUUUAAAACCUUUUUUGGUGCAACCACAACAGUGGUGGUUGAUCUACUGUUCAGUCCCAAAUGCUUUGAGUUUCAGGCCCAGCCCUACCAGGAACUACUGCUGUGGCGCUUGUUCUCUAUGUAAGCCUUUGAUGUGAGUGCUGCUUCAACUGUGAGGCAGGGUGUGGCCCCUCUGUCACCUGGUCAGGUGUAUUCAUGCAUUCUCAGACUCUCUGGAUCACUGCAGGUCUCACUCCAUAACUGCUAUCGUCCCACAGAAGCUCAGCUUGUUUACUGAGACUGCUAAAUUGUGGAUUUAAGACAUUUCUUCACAAAAGAUUAGUUCGUAUUGUGAGGUGAGAUGAACUGUUUCAGGUUUAAAUUGAAUAAGCAGACUUCAUGUACAGAUUUUCUUAAAAGCAUAUUUUCACAAAAGCUAAAACAUUUUGUAACACUGUAAAUUACUGCUGGAACUAUUUCUGUUUUCAUCACCGGGUGAAUUAAAAACCGCAGCAGCAGUUGGAUCAGCUGUUUCUACUUCCACCCUCAACAUUUCCUACAGUAUAUUUAAGCUAUGGAGCGUCUGAAGUUAGUCUUGCAGUACUUCCAGUCCAACUCUGAGUCCAUCUCCAAUGGGAUCUGUAUCAUCCUGGCCUUGGUCAGCGUCAAGCUCUACACCAGCUUCGACUUUAACUGCCCGUGCCUUCCUCAGUACAACAAACUGUACUCUCUGGGAGUGAUGAUCGUCCCGCCCAUCAUACUGUUCUUCCUGGGGGUACUGGUCAACCGACAUACAGGUGUCAUGAUGGACGAGUGGAUGAGACCCAUUGGUAACAGAUCCAAAAAUCCGGCGGUGGUUAAGUACCUGUUUUCAUCCAUGAUCCAGAGGGCUCUGCUGGCACCGAUGGUGUGGAUCCUGGUCACUUUGCUGGAUGGAAAGAUCUUCAUCUGUGCCUUCAGUGUUAGUGUAGACCCUGCACUCUUCUCAGGUUUACCCAACAAUACAGGUCUGGAUGUGAUCAAAAUCAUGGCCAAAGUGCCCUGCAAGGAGGACAUUAUCUUCACGAACAGCUCUUUCCGCAAAGCAGUCUCUCGUUAUGUUCGCUGUUAUUCACAAGCAGUUGGCUGGUCCAUCCUCCUCUUCCUGAUUGUAGUGGGAGCACUGGGACGGCUCAUCAAGCCCUGUUUCGACGACCACGCCACCUCCCUGCAGACGCGCUACUGGAGCAACUACCUCGACGUGGAGCAGAAGCUCUUUGACGAAACUUGCGUCCUGCACGCUCGUGACUUCGCCCGUAAAUGUGUGGUUCAGUUCUUUGAGGACAUGAGGGAGGAUGCUGUACUUCGUCUUCCCCACCCGCCCUUCAUCACAAAUUCCAGAGAGCAGUGGGAGGAUGAAGAAGAAGAGAGACUUCAUGGGAUAUCAAAACAGGAGCAGGUGGACCAGCUGCUCAACAAAUGGUACUACAGUAAACCUGAACUGGACGUCACCAGGAUAGCCCACAGACCCAGGAUGUGUGUUACCUGGGAGGACCGGGACGGGAAGACUUUAUACUCUGAUGUCUAGGACACACUCUGUGGUGUGUAGCUGCAGGAUGAAUGUCAUGAUGAUCAAUUCACUAACAUUAAGCAACAUGUUAGAUGUAGGUUACCUCAGUGUAGCAGUAAGCUUUACUAAAGCCAGACUGAAGUCUAACCUUAAAGAUCCACUUACUAAUGAUUCAGAACCUUCAUGUGCAUGGCACGAUCUUCAGCAAAUGGAGCUGGCAUAGGUGUCAUUACAGGACCCAAUCGUGAACUUGAUUGGAGAUGGUAACCUCUGUCUCUGUUCAAAGAUGGACAGAUGGUGUCAGAUGUGAAUGAUCUCCUCGAUGACGUUUGACCUCUUCUCAGUGGAUGCUGUGAGCAGUGUCUGUUUCUGGUGUUCAUUCAGUCUCUUGCUGUUUCACUGAUGUCGUCUUCCCCCAACCCCAUUGCCACACAAGAAUGUUGGAUAAGGUUAGGGAAAGUUUGUCGGUGUGGUUAAUAAAAGGCAAAAACAAUUUUACCAAUACAACAACAAUAGUUUGGUUUGUCGGACGUGGUCAGGGGUGGUACACACCCAUCCACCACCCCACCUCCACUCCCUUGCUUUCUGCCUCUACGUGAAGGACACGCCAGCUCCUGCAUGGCACGGAACGCUGGCAUUGGACAUAAAUCGUGAGGUGUGGAAUUAUCCAAUAUGAAUGGAUACUGAGGGGGUUUCUCGCGGCUGUCACAGCCCUCCCCUCUCAGGGGCGGCCCUAUCUUUAGGGUGUACCAGCAGAGAUCUUAAGCUAUUAAAUGGUUUAUGGUAAAGUGAUGACCUGUCACUUGAAAAUUCUUGCCAGAUGUUCUGAAAGUCCAGCAUCCCACUGGGAUGCUUCUGUUGAGUUCGUAGGUCCAUCGUGGUCUUAAGGCUGAAAUUAUGCUAAGUUAGCCUCUCUGUUGGUGUAUGAACAGAAGUGUGUUAUGGGGAACUGUAGGUCAUAAUAAUAAUGUAAAUAUUAUACUCCAAGUAUUUACAAGUCUAAAAGAAACAGCCACGCGAAUGUCUCUGUACAAAUGCUCUGCACGUCUGCCUAUGUGCAGGAGCAUGUUCACAGGAUUUGAAUAAUCCAUUCCUUAUAGCUUUUGGCUCAGAGUGCCCCCCAGGCAAACUGUCUGUGAACAUCAGACUAAACCCUGUUACACCAUGGACUGGGAAGGGGUCAAAGGUCAUCCAGCAGACCAUCUUUGAACAGAGACAGUGGUGGUGAUGACUACACUUCCUAUGUUGAAUGCUGAAGAGUCUGGAACAACAAAAGUUAACAUGACAUGUUUUGUACCACUAAAUGUGCACAAGUAUGUGUGGAUGUGUCAAGUACAGUAUCUAAAUGAUAUUCUGUAAGUUUAUAUCAUGAUGCAGGUGGUCUUUGACUUGAUUCUUUCAUUGUUUUGGACUACUAAAAAAUAGUUGCUCUUAGGGGCAAACCAUGUUGGAAGGGUCAUUUGAUUAUGUUAGGGUUUGGACUGGCUGGUUUUGCAUAUAGGUUGUUGACAUGGAACUCACCCACACAGAUUGAUGGAAACAUGCAAAUGGACAUUUGGAACCAAAUAACUUUACAGAUUCACACAAAGAUUCUCUUUUCUACUUUAUUUUAUUUAGUUUGCUAAGAUGCACUAAUAAAUAUCUUUACAUUAACAAUGUAUCAAAUGACUAUAUUUAUGUGUAAGGUGUGGCUCAUAGUUACAAACCCACAGAGAAUUAUCACCAACUCUACGUUAUGGAGUGUUUUAGCCUCUUUUAGUUGAUUGUUUUGGUUUUACAGCCCACAAACUCCGCUCUUAUCAACCUGGAGCCUAUACUAUGACGCAAGUUCAACAUACUCAGGUUAUCGUUCCGUUAUUUGGCUUCACUAACCCUAACAACCGCAAUCAGGCUAAGCGGGCACACGACGCUGGUUAUCAACUCGGUAAGUCAACCCAGGGUUUCCCAAUCUAGUUAUGAGUGCGUUUACAUAAAAGGGGCGGUGUUUGCAGCAUAUGACCAAUCGCGAACAUGGACAAGUUUACUGGCAGCAGAGCGGCAUAUUUUACAAAUUAAGAGCAUACUAACUAUAAUAUUAGAGGAAUACAAAGAAGUUAAACACAUAAUCCAGGCUAAAAGCAACACAGCUGCAGCUGCUAAAUGCAGGAAGGACAGCUUGCAAAAAAUCGCCGAUUGUGUGAAUGCAUAUGUUAAUAUGCUAGAGUCAGGUGAAACCGGCAACAGGCUAUGGUCAGGAACAGGCAGCCAAGAAACAGGAACGUACGCUGGAAUGCUAAGACUUGGUAGUAUAUUAGACGAUCUGGCAAAUGACUGGGGAAAGAGAACUGGUAUAUAGGGGAGAUAACGAGGGAAUGGGGAACAGGUGUGCUGGUGGGUGAGGGGAUUGGGUGGCUGGGAUUGGCGGAAUACACUGAGGGCAACUACAGGGCAGAACGGCGGGUAUCUGAAAUGACAGAUGUAAAUAACUGAAAAAACAGGAAAAAGAGCAAAAAUUUGCAAAAUGACUAAACAGAAGUAGCUGUUGGGACAGGGCCUGCUCUGCAUUUUUUACAUGUCACAGAACAUGAUAGGAUGUCAUUGCUCCAUUGUAUCCUGCACCUUUAUGGAAGCAUCUGUAUUCGUUGAGAGACUUUCAAGGGACUCCUAGGACCUGCAAGGAGAGAGUCAUGUAGCCGGUGGGGGUAGCCAAGCUAGCACUAGUGCUAAUAAGCUACUCUGCUUGCUGACCACUAUUGGCCGUGAGAGCUGUUAUAACUCUUUUAUCUUAGAAACCACACUGGCUUUGGAUUUGAUGAUGUUGAUUUAUGAGUUUUUGUUUUUAAAAAUGUACAAUGGACAGAUACCAAUGGAAAUGAAUUAUUGAAAAUUAGAAAAUUUGUUGUGUUUUACUGCAAUACCACUGAGCUGUGCCCUCUUUAUUAUCUUCUGAACAGAGGUGGUGGAAGCGCAUUAAAGAAUUUGAGGGAAAAUUCUGUGUGAAUAGAAAUGUAAUACAGAAAUUAGAAAGUAACCUUCCUUAUCAUUACCUUCUAACAGUACAUGUAGACAAGCUAGCAAGGCUACCGAAAAUUUGCCUCCAGCUGUCUUCAUAGGUCACGUGACCCUCGUCUUGCAGGUCGUAGUGGUCCCUGCAUUUGUUAUGUUUCUACACUCAUUUCACCAGUAUCUAUAUAUCUUGCACCUGUUUUCAAAAAAAUUCUUAAACUUUUUUUGAAAUUCUUAAUAAAACUUAAUCUGGAUCAAUCAAUAUCCUCAAACUCAGGCCAGGUUAGUGGCCUG